AUGGGCGGAGUCUUGGGUGGCGCCGUCGGAACAUGGAAGGACGAUGGCUCUGAAGCUGUUCAAGACGGAAAGGAUGGCAGCUUCAGCAUCAGCGGGAAGGAGGGCGGUUCACCCGUGUGCGCCCUCUACAGCAAGCCGGUCUCGUCAGGCGAAUACUUUGAAGUGACCUGCGAAAGCCUCAAGGACAGCGUCUUCAUUGGCGUCAGCACGGAGGCGGCUUUCGCCAAAGGCUACAAGUGCCGGGGACUCUUCUUUGGGGGCCCGGGGAACUUGUCCAACGGCUCUGGUCUGAUCAGGGGCGGCUUCGGCGAAAGCAUUAAGCAGGGUGAUGUCGUUGGCUUCCUUACAGAGUUCGAUGACAAGUCAGUGAAGGUCACGGUCUACCAGGAUGGCCGAUGCUUGGGACUGGCCUUUGAGUCUCCGCGCCAGGAUGCCUCAGCGCAAAUCUUUCCAGUGGUACAGGCCAAGGCCGAUGGAGACAAGUUCAAGAUUGCCACCAAGUCGGCACCAUCUGCCAAGGACCGCCAGCCGGCAGCCAAGACCCACUUCGCGGUAGGAACCUGGAAGCUCGAGAAGCUCAUGCUGGGCCCUGAGCUGGGGGAGUUCCCCUUGGCGGACAAGAUGGGCGACAAGCCGGUGACGGUGACCAUCAAGGAUGCCGGUGACAAGAAGUUCCACAUGAGUGCCAAGGUCGCGAACACCAUCAACAACCAGGUGACAGUACAGGACGACCCCUCGGCGGCACCCUUUGAGGCAGUCCAGGUCGCCGGCGGCAUGUCUACCAUGAUGAUGGGCGACGGGGGUGAAAUGGAGGUGGAGACGAAGCUCGGUGGUCUGUCGGAUGUGCGGAAGUGGAUCUUCAGCGACGAGACUCUGCUUCUGCAGGGGCCCACCAUUGAGGCAUCACUCAAGCCCUACGUGGAGGAGAUGUCGCCA